CCAACCUCCCCAUGUUCCCGUCACACACGAAAUCUGUACAUUCGUCAUUGGAGGGUCUGUCGCUUUGUGCACAGACGACCACGCUGUCGCAGUCGCAGUCGGGCGUUCAUUCGCAUACUGUUCUCCAUUAAUAUGACCGAGUCGGUAGGAUCGAGUAGCAACAUGCAUCUCGACCAACGCCACGCUCACAUGGGGGCUCGGAGAACGGGCCGAGCUGCCUCCUCAACAUGGCGCCGAAGUCUUCUUGCAGCAGGCCUAUGUUUCUCUCUGGCAUCGACGACGUUCGCCUCCCGCGAGAUGCUCCAGAACCUCCCGUUACCGGGCGAUGCUCUUCGUCUCGUGCAACCUUCAUGGGAAUAUGCUCCUCGCGGCCCACAAAAACUGCGAUACCAUCAUCGCUACUCGCAGAACACCCUCGCCAGCCGCAUCGCCUCCGGCUCCGGUCAUGAUCCGCAGGAGAUGAGCGAAGGGAAGAAAGGGAUCGCGGACUCGGGUCUGUCUUGGGAGCAGGUCGCUGCCUUGGCGCCAGAAGAGCCUUUCCCGAUGGGUAAGAGCGAGAAUAGAAUUAUCAAUUACGGAAUGCUCAUUCAGCAUCGCCUGGCCCAUCCUCAAGAAAGGGAUCGAUCCCAUCAGGCGCCACAGCAGCGGCGCGAAGGAGCAGUGGGUUCUGGAGCGACGGAUGCCCCCUCCGGCCAAGAACCCCAGACGGAAGAGAACGCAUCAGCACGAUCAAGAGUCUCGACAAACAAUUCCCCUCCACGGGAUUCUCGCCGCAAUGUAGAUGCUGCCGAUGCAAAUGCGGCGGCAGACCUCGAGGCAUCGGCACCUAACCGCGCCUUAGGCAGGAAUGCACGGCGGGCGCAAGAGGCCAUGGCGCAGCGACUUCAGACUACCUGAGCUCUCAUGUCCCAUUCAUGAACAUGAUUUACGACACGCUGGUUUCGCAGCAUGAUAGGAUGCUACCCAAGACACGCAUGUAUCGGAGGGAUUAACGUCUUAAUAGAUUUCAUCUCUCCUCAUUAGCGCAACGGCUUUGCACUAUCGGCAGCCGUACACAUCCUCCGCGACCUUCAUCCACUGGCUCCCUGGCACCAUGUACUGAGCCGCAUAAUCUCGUUCCAGCGGAUGCAGGCGCUUUCCCACCAACACAAGACUGUGCAGCGGUGCACCGAAUGCCUUCAUAGCGCGCUGUUCAGCCCGCGCUGCGCGACGCUGCGCCAGCUCGGCCUCACCUGCGUCCGGCACCUCCUCCUCGUCCUGCGCUUCUUCUGCCACCAGCUCCUCGGGCGACGCGGACGAGAGGGCGAGCAGCUCGUGCAGCGUCCCGCUGACGAUCAGCUCCCCGUCUUGCU